UGGUGGAGAAAAGCAGUGUGUGAAAAACUCAACCAAGCUGUCAUCCAACUCAACAAUUCCAUCACUUCAAAAGGCUGAAUCCCAUCAGGUCUACACUACCAGCCCGUGGCUGGCGGUGAGCACUGAGUGGCAGUACCAUGCAUCUGGUGAUAUCUCUUCUCCUACUCACCAUCCACUAUACACAUGGAAAACUGAUGGUCUCUGAAAUCAAGCCAACAUAUGGCAGUGUGAAUGGAGCAACAAGGCUUACCAUCAAGGGGCAAGGCUUUGCAGAAGCCAACCAGUUUGAUUAUGGAAAUGGAAAUACCAACCUGGGGAACAGUGUCCAGCUUGUCUCCUCCACCCGUUCAAUCCCCUGUGAUGUGGAGAAAGAUGCCAGUCACUCAACACAAAUAACCUGUUACACCAGGCCUAUGCCAGCAGAUUCCUACAUGGUGAGAGUGAGUGUAGAUGGAGUACUCGUGGACCCCAGCAACAUUUGCUAUGGUUACUAUCAGUAUUGGUGGUGCAUGUUUCAGACGCAUUUGAGCUUUACUCCUGUUAUAAAUAGCAUAUCUCCUUUAAGUGGACCACCAGGUUCCAUGAUCACUAUUGUUGGCAAAAUCUUUACUGAUGUCUACGGCAGUAAUACUGCUUUGAGUUCCAAUGGGAAAAAUGUCAGAAUACUAAGGGUUUAUGCCGGAGCAAUGCCAUGUUUGCUGCUAGUACCCAAUUCUGACACACUGUAUGGAUUACAACUAGACAGUGCAAAUAGUGAUGCUGGUUCCAUGAUAUGUCAUGAUACUGGCACCUAUGUUGGUCAUCACAAUAUCAGCUUUAUUUUGGAUGACCGUUAUGGACGGAGUUUACCAAGUCUCUCCACAUACUUUGUGUCUUCCCUCAAUAAAAUGUAUAUGUUCCAGACCUACGCAGAGGUAACCGGGAUUUUCCCUACUUCUGGAAGCGUGCAAGGAGGCACAGUGAUCACAAUCAAUGGACGGUUCUUCGACGAGACUGACUUUCCAGCCCGAGUUCUUGUAGGAGGUCAGGAAUGUCAAGUUUUCAGUCUAAAUGAUACAACAAUCCUUUGCAAGACGCCACCAAAGCCGCCUGUGCUUCCUUUGCUCUUUCCAGGAAACCGAGGGAUGAAGAUGGAAAGGUGGAAUGGCAGUUUUAGCUUGAAUAACGCUUUGAAUUUCAAUAAAAGUUCCGCUGGCUAUUUUGGCACCACCUGGCUUGAUGGAGCUUCCAAGUCCUGGCCUACAGAAACCUCUCCUUUUAUUGCUCGGUUGACCGGCUUCUUGGUACCCCCAGAGACAGAUUACUACAACCUGUAUAUCAGGGGGGAUGAUAACUAUAUGCUAUACUUCAAUGAAACAGGAGACCCAGCAAGAAAGGUGAAAGUGGCCUAUGGUAGCACAUCGAAUUAUCAGAGAUCACAGACUUUCUUACUGCAGAAGGGAAAACCUUGUUACAUGGAAGUCUACAUUCAGAACUCCUACGGUCCUUCAGCCAUUGAUGUGGGUCUGUACCAACACAAAAGCUCAUACACCCGCGAUCAAACUCCUGAUGCACUGAAUGACAUACAGAACAUAGAUUCUCAUGUUGAUACAGUUCUGGAGCAGCAGGUUAUUACAUUACAAAAUUGGAACACAACCCAACAAGCAGUAGAUGCAGUUCAGUCAAUUACAGUCACUAAAAAUUGUAUUGGUCCAUGUCCAUACAUGUAUUACAAACUCAUCUUUGGGGCAGAAGAAACAGGUCUGUUGUCAGCUGAUGCAAGCACUACCGAUGUUCAGUCGGCAUUAAAUAAACUGCUGUCUAUACAGCCAGAUACAGUCAGUGUGGUUAUGGAAACGAAUGACACCCAAAAUGUGUAUACAGUGACCUUCAAUUCAAAAAGAGGAGAAUUCCCAUUGCUUUCAUAUAACAUUUUGUAUGGAAGCAAUAUGACUGUGGAUAUUGAAGAGCAAACAAAAGGUGCUGCAGAUAUGGAAACCUUCACGCUGGUGUGGGACAGUGUUUAUUCCAAAGCCCUGCCUAGAAAUGCAUCAGCCGCAGAGGUGCAAUCAGCUUUAUUAGACAUGGCUAGCGGAAAAUGCACUGAUGUAAUUGCCAAUCAAAAGGAAGGAUUAUCUGUCAAGUACUUCAGGAACUAUGAAUCAGAUUUCACUUCGUCUUCAUAUAGGGGCUCUGUGACAUCUGAGACUGAGCCGUUCUGUGGACGAAAUUCCUUAAAGAAUCCUUCUGUAUUGUAUGAUUCAACAGAAGUGAAAUCAUCAACCCAAAUGCCAUAUGGACCCAUUUCAUUAACUUUAUAUAGAAAGCUUUGCCUUGCGUACAAGGGUGACCUCUUAAAUAAAAUUGUUAUGUCUUUUCAAUAUGAAGACACUAUCUCCCCUGGAACGGUUUCCACCAUUAAUGCAGAAUUUGUUUACAACAUGGUUCAAGGAUCCAGCUGGACAUACACGUGCAUCGACUUGUUGGACCUUGUAAAAUCAAAGUACUCUGGAAAAAACUUCAACCUGCUUACUGUCCGCAUAACGGCAAACCAAGAUUUCUAUGUGGAUGUCUUGUACAUCGGACAAGCGGUGACAACAAGUGACGUCCCAGUUCCCAGGAGAAGACCAGCCUUAUCAAAGAUUGGGGUUGUGAUCAGUAGCAUUGCUGUGACCAGCACAUUUAGUACAUCUGUAAUCCAGUAUACCAUCACCAUAACACCAUACAACUGCGGGUAUAAUUUUCCGCUUAUUGCUGUAGGAUUUGCUGAGGGUAUUCAGAACAACGCUGAUUCAGCCAUCUAUCGCGCAUCAACCUGGUCUGAAGGGAUAUCAAUACGAAUCAACAGAACUCAAACAGCUUCUCCACCUGUUGGAGGCACAUUCAGUAUUGUGGGUCAGGGGAACAAAAUUACAGGUCUUCCUGUAGACUUAGAUCCAAUUAAUCUAAAGUCUGCCCUAGAAGCUAUUCCAGAAAAUGGUCAGGUUACUGUUUCAGCAAGAUAUGGAGAUUGCAGAGGAUACUCCUAUCAGAUAAACUUUAUGACAGCUACAGGCUACCAGCCUCCUAUACAGAUCAACGACUCAGCCGUCACUGGAUUAAAUGCUAAAAUGUAUUCCGUAAAAGUGGUGGACGGAGGCCUGUUCCGUCAGCAUAUGCUUGGAGACCUUGUGAGGACACCACAUGCAACACCGCAGGUUGAAGUCUACAUCAAUGGAAUUCCAUCAAAAUGUACUGGAGACUGUGGUUAUACCUGGAAUGUGACAGCAACUCCAAAGAUAAUCUCUAUUAGUACAGAGUGGAAUGGAGAUGUUGAAGUCCUUAAAAUAAAUGGAACUGGAUUCUCAAACAGUAAUAGUAAUGAUACCACUUCUGUUACUAUUGGCAACAUUACCUGCCCCAUUCUUAAUAUUACCGCCAAUGAGAUCAGAUGUCUGGUACAGAACGCAAGUGCGGGGACCUUCCCGAUCACCGUGUACAUCUCAGGGGUUGGUCUGGCAACGUUUUCUGGUGGAAACCUAACCCUUACCCAAGAGCUGUCUGUUUUAUCCAUCACACCAUCAGCAGGAAGCUUAGCAGGGGGCACACUGGUAACAAUUCAUGGCAGAGGAUUUGGCGAUGACUCUGCAGUACAAAUUGGUGGCAAUGUCUGCGCUAUUAACUUCAUCAACCUGACUAUGAUUCAGUGCAGGACUUCAGCGGGAUCUGCUGGACUUGCCAAUGUUGUUGUUUUUACCGGAGGCUUUAAUAGCACCUUACAGAAUGCAUUUAGUUUUAUUUCGGACUUUGCUCCAACUAUAACUGGAAUCAGCCCAAACAUCAGCAGUGUUCUGGGUAACACAACCCUGACUAUAUUAGGAUCGGGCUUUAGCAAUGCAUCAGCAGACAACGCUGUGUUCAUCGGAAAAUCAUCUUGUGAACAGAUAGAGUGGACACCGACAAGCAUUACAUGUGUCCUUCCUGCUCUUCCUCCUGGGACCUACCCAGUCCUGGUCCAUGUGGCCAAUUGGGGAUAUGCAGUUUCCAGCUCAGGCAUUGAGGCAUCAAUAAAGUACAAUCUAUAUGUGGACAGCAUCUCUCCAGAGUAUGGAUCCAUGUACGGAGGAUCUCAAGUCACAUUGAGAGGAUCGGGAUUCAGUUCUAACCCCCAAGAUAACCUUGUACAAAUCGGCUCCUUCCCAUGCAAUGUUUCUGUUAGCUCAGCCACUGAGUUGACCUGUGUGAUUCAGGGACCUGGAAAUAUCUUCAAUGUCACUAACAAUGGAAGCAAUACACAAUACGGUGCUGGCUAUGCUUGGUCUCCAUCAACACUGGAUAUAUCUGUAGGUGACACUGUAGUCUGGACAUGGAACUCCCAGCCCUUAAUAAUGGGUAUUGGAUAUAGAGUAUUUUCAGUGUCAGGUCCUGGCAACCUUACCUUUGAUGGCAAUGCCUUCAACAGUGGACCUCAAGUGUCAUCAGGCGUCUUUUCCUACAAGUUCACAUCUCCAGGAACCUAUUACUACAGCAGUGGUUACGUCAAUAAUGCACAGACAUUAUACAUGCAGGGGGUGGUCUAUGUCUCUCCACUCAAAGAAACCAUCAGUGCAGUACAGGUGACAGUUGGAGGAUUUGAAGCUGAUUAUGUACCAGAUCCCCUUUUACCUUCACCAGCUGCUGACUGUGCCGCUCCAGAACCUAUUUGUCCACAGCUAAUUGAUGGUACAUCAAGCAACUAUUCCCUUUGGUUUGGGUACUCUAACUGUUACUCACCUUCCAUUACCAGCAUUACACCAACCUAUGGAACAAUUCAUGACCCAAUAACCAUACUGGGAUCUGGCUUCAGCAACGUCACAUGUGCUAACCAGGUUUCAGUUGGAAAUUACCCGUGCAAAGUCCUGUUCGCCGAUAAAACUUCAAUAACCUGCGAGAUAGAUCCUCAGGACUCCAUGAAUAUUGGAAUUGCAGAACUUGUAUCUUUAACAGUGAACAAUUAUGGCAACGCUAUCAGUGCUAUAAAUCAAGAGAUGAACAGGAGAUUUGCCUUAUUGCCCCACAUCGAUUCCAUCAUACCGAACAAUGGCUUUGUUUCCGGACGUACAAGAAUAACCAUAGUUGGAUCUGGUUUCUCAAACAACAACGCCACUGCCAUAACAGGCUUAGGCUGUAGUAUUGUCUCAAUGAAUUACACAAACAUUAUUUGUGACACCCAAGCCAGUUACGAACACACUGUUAAUGUCCAGGUGACAGUCAAUGGAAUUACAGCACUGUGCAAAGGAAGCUGUAACUUCUUCUAUACCAACUCAAUCACAGUGGUUGCAUCAAGCAUUUCCCCAAAUGUAGUUCGCAACACUUCAACUUUGUUGAACAUUUAUGGCAGUGGAUUUGGAGCAGACAUUAACGACAUAGCAGUUUCCAUUGGAGAAAAAAGCAUGGCAGCCAGUGUGGUAGAUGUCAAUGACACAAAAAUUAUAUGCAGUGUAGAUCCAAUUCCUGCUGGGAGCUAUCUGGUCAGAGUUGUUGCCCUAAGCAAAGGCUUGGCCCAGAACAACUUGACCAUAAAUAGUCCUGCUGAAGCUGUACUUUUAACACCAUCUGGAAGUGUUCUAGGUGGAACCGUUUUGCAGAUAGAAGGAAAUGGAUUCUCCCCAAUAAAUACUACGGUGAAAGUUGGUGGCGUCCCAUGCUUUAUUCUGUCAGUAACCCCCGGCAGGAUUCAAUGUGUUACUCCUGCAAGCUCAGCUGUCAAAAUUGUCAAAGUAAACAUUUACAUACCAUCUGCAUCGUAUCUAUCACUCAACUAUUCCUACUCAGAGAUGGACACUCCUACAGUAACGUCAAUUUUCCCCAGCACAGGACCAUCAGGAACCACCAUCUCUGUUUUUGGUACACAGUUUGGUUCUGAUGCCACAAGUGUUACAGUGACUAUCGGAAAUGCCACAUGUGUCAUCACCUUCAUAUCAGAUACUUUACUGAACUGCACAGUGACAGACCACUGGGGAGGAACAUUCCCAAUAUCGCUACAGAAUAAGAAAGGCUUUGCAAGAUCCAGUGCAACAUUUACAUAUGAACUGAGUAUGACCAGCAUCUUUCCAAAUCAAGGAAGCUUUGGUGGUGGAUUGAUGCUCUCUAUUGCUGGCUCUGGGUUUGAUGACACGCUAUCCAAGGUGCUGAUCUGCAACUCUGAGUGCAAAAUAGAUCAAGUGAGAUCUAAUGCAAGCUUCCUUCUCUGUGAAUUGCCUUUGAAUAAUGCAACAAACGUUACUUCUCAGAUCUGUAAUGUUGGUGUCAUUAAUGCAAACAAUGCUGUCUGGAUCAACAACUCCUUUACCUACUCUACUGCACUAACCCCUCUUAUAUAUGAUGUCACCCCCAAGAGAGGAGGAACCGCUGGGGGGACCAGACUUACCAUCACCGGAUCUCUGUUUGGCAAUGACACCUCACAGAUCACUGUCACAAUUGCUCAGUCCCCGUGCAUUGUUCAAUCAGCUAACAGCGCACAGAUUGUUUGCAUUACCACAGCCCAUUCCCCUUCAGAAAAAGCCAAGGUCCGGGUGAAUAUCGAAGGCCAAGGAGUAGCUCCAAUGGACAAUGCUGACUUUUUUUAUAUUGAUGUUUGGUCCUCUAAAUAUACCUGGGGAGGGGAAUCACCCCCAGAUGAAGGUUCAAUGGCUGUCAUCACUAAAGGACAAACUAUCCUACUGGAUCAAAGCACUCCAGUGCUGAAGAUGCUGCUGAUUCAAGGAGGAACUCUGGUAUUUGAUGAAGCUGACAUUGAGCUCCAGGCUGAGAAUAUUCUUAUUACAGAUAGCGGUGUUAUGCAGGUUGGAACUGAGGCUGCCCCAUUCCAGCACAAAGCCAUCAUCACUCUGCAUGGGCAUAUACGCUCCCCAGAGCUACCUGUAUACGGGGCAAAAACAUUGGCAGUCAGGCAAGGAACUUUGGAUCUUCACGGUAUUCCAGUGCCAGUAACUUGGACCCGUCUAGCGCAGACUGCAGAAGCUGGAAGCUCUACUCUGUUUCUACAGCAAAGUGUGACUUGGAAAGCUGGGGAUGAAAUUGUGAUUGCUUCAACUGGACACAGGCAUAGUCAAAGUCAGAAUGAGAAGAUGACUAUACAAUCUGUGUCUGCUGAUAACAAAACCCUGACUUUAAGUCAGCCACUGGUAUACCAGCACUUAGGCAUAUCAGUCACCUUGCCCGAUGGAACAGUCUUUGAAGCCAGAGCUGAAGUUGGCCUCCUUACAAGAAACAUUCUGGUUAGAGGUUUCACCAAUACAGAAUGGAGUGACACAAUACCAGCUUGUCCAGAUGGAUUUAAUACAGGUGAAUUUGCUACACAAACAUGUUUCCAGGGACGGUCUGGAGAGACAAUAGGAAGUGAUCAGUUUGGAGGAUGUAUAAUGUUUCAUGCACCAGAGCCUGGCAAGCUGCUGUCCAUUGGAAGAAUAGAAUAUGUAGAGAUUUUCCAUGCAGGUCAAGCUUUCCGGUUGGGACGUUAUCCUAUUCACUGGCAUUUAAUGGGGGAUGUCCAGUUUAAGUCAUAUGUACGGGGCUGUGGAAUCCACCAGACCUACAAUAGAGCAGUAACUAUACACAACACUCAUCAUCUUCUUGUUGAACACAACGUCAUUUAUGACAUCAUGGGAGGAGCCUUCUUCAUUGAGGAUGGCAUAGAACAUGGCAAUGUGCUUCAGUACAACUUGGCAGUAUUUGUCCAGCAAAGUACCAGUCUACUGAAUGAUGACGUUACACCAGCAGGGUAUUGGGUAACAAAUCCAAACAACACCAUUAGGCACAAUGCAGCUGCUGGUGGCACACAUUUUGGUUUUUGGUACAGAAUGCACGACCACCCAGAUGGUCCAUCGUACGACCCGAACAUUUGCCAGAAACGAGUGCCACUUGGUGAAUUCUACAACAACACUGUUCACUCUCAAGGAUGGUUUGGCAUCUGGAUAUUUCAAGAGUACUUUCCCAUGGUAACAGGAUCUUGCAGUUCUUCUACACCAUCUCCUGCUGUUUUCAAAUCAUUGACCACAUGGAACUGUCAGAAAGGGGCUGAAUGGGUAAAUGGAGGGGCUCUUCAAUUUCAUAACUUCACCAUGGUAAAUAAUGAAGAUUCUGGCAUAGAAACCAAGAGGGUUAUUUCAUCUAACGUUGGUGGAUGGGGUGAGACCUAUGGAGCUGUCCUUAAGAAUGCCAUAAUUGUGGGCCAUCUGGAUGAACUAGGACUUGGCUCUAGUUAUUGCACAGCUAGGGGCAUAACUCUACCAUUCGAUGAAGGACUGACAGUAUCAUCAGUCAAGUUUAUGAAUUUUGACAGACCAAACUGUGCAGCGAUUGCAGUGACAUCAAUUACUGGAGUGUGUGGUGACAGGUGUGGAGGUUGGAGUGCAAGGUUUAAUGGAAUAGAAUAUUUUAAUGUACCUAACAAGGCUGGAUUUCGAUGGGAACAUGAAGUUGUUUUAACUGACAUGGAUGGAACUCUUACAGGACAAACAGGAGCAAAGGUGGUACCAGCAAGUGGACUGCUUGACCCAUCGCAGUGUAGCCAACAUAGUGAUUGGAGUGCUGGUUUUCCUGGUUUUGUCUGUAACUCUACAGUCAGUUUUCACCGACUGGCAUUCAAUAACCCAUCUCCAUCAUCCCUUCUGUGGAAAGAUGUCAUCAUUUCCAACUCCUUUGGUCGCACUGUUGUUCCCUGCUUACAUUUACGUUUAACUCACCCGGAUGGAUGGAUGGCCUUGCUGCCUAAUGCUAAUUCCUUCAAUUGGUAUUUCAGCAAUGUGAAUUUCAUCACAAAUAUUUCAUACACUUCAACUUUCUAUGGAUUUAAGAGUGAGGACUAUGUGAUGAUAUCACACAACCUAACUCAGCAGCCAGAUAUGUUUCAAAUAACUGACGCGCGUAAUGGGUCUACACAGCCUCUGAACUACAAUAACAAUACUAAUGGAGACUGGUACUUUGAUGGCAACACAACUGCACUGACUUACCUGGUGUCUGGAAAACGCAAGCUCCGCAGACGUGCAGUGGCAGGAAUGCUGGAUACAACUAUGUCUAACACAAAUGUAAACUUACUGGUCUAUCAGUGCUACUUCAAAAAUUGUGUCCCUCCUCCUCCUCCUACCAUAACACCAACAGCUACAAAGUAUGAUUAUUGGUCUAACAACUCCUUCUGGCAAUCCUCUGUAGAAAACAAUUAUACUGUCCCGAAAAAUGGAUCAACUGUCAUCAUUCCUGCAGGCAAGUGGGUUAUAGCAGAUACAGACAUGCCCUAUCUAGAGAAACUUAUCAUUUAUGGUAAAUUGGAAUUAAAAAACCUCACAAAUAGUUCAAUAGCGGGAUCAGCACCCUCCUUCAAAACAACUGUCCUCAAUGCCACCUAUAUCUCUAUACAGGGUGGAAGUUUAAUAGCAGGAACAGAAACUGAUCCAUUCCAGGGAGAACUACGUAUUGUAUUAAGAGGAAAUCAUUCAACUCCAGAAUUCCCAUUGCCGGAUGGACCAAAUCAGGGAUCAAAGGUUCUAGGUGUAUUUGGAGACCUUGAUCUUCAUGGACUUCCACGUGCUGUAUAUAGGACUAAGCUGGCAAAUACAGCACCAGCUGGAUCACAGUACAUCAUCCUAGCAGAACCUGUGGACUGGAAGGUCGGUGAAAAUAUCCUUAUAACCACCACCAGUUACAGUGCCUGGCAGACAGAAACCAGGAGGAUUAUUGCUGUAUCACCUGACCAGAGAAACCUCACUUUAAAUGCCUCUCUCACUUUCAACCAUACAGAAAACACCUAUCAAGUCCCCAACACAAACCUGACCUACACUCUGGCAGCAGAUGUGGCUCUGCUCACUAGAAACAUCAAGAUCAUUGGGGAGGAUUACCCAGGCUGGUCCAGUGAAUCUUUUGGAGCUCGUAUUCUUGUCAGCACAUUUUCAGCCAAUGGGAUGGUCUAUCAGGGAAAUGCAAGAAUAGCGAAUGUGGAAUUCUACCACAGUGGUCAGGAAGGUUACAGAGACCCCAUAGAUCCCCGCUAUUCCUUGGCGUUCCUCAACCUUGGAGAGGUACUGUCCAAUGAAUCCUAUGUCAAAGGAUGUGCUUUCCAUAAUGGAUUCUCCCCAGCAAUUGGAGUCUUCUACACAAAUGGACUUAACGUUGAUAACAAUGUUAUUUAUUUUACUGUAGGAGAAGGAAUUAGAGUGCUGGGAGAUCGGGUGAAUGUGAGAGGAAAUCUUGUGGCGCUUUCUGUCUGGCCUGGUACAUAUCAAGGCAGAAUGGAGACAACUAAUACCCUGUGGCAUGCCGGAAUAGCGAUCAAUGAAGGCAGUGACAUUGUUCUACAGAACAAUACAGUGGCAGGAUUUGAACGAGCAGGAUAUCGUAUUAAUGGUGAACCUUGUUCAGGUUUCUCUAAUCCUAGUCCAGCAUGGUACAAUAAUGAAGCUUAUGGUGGGUUAUAUGGCAUCUACAUGAAUGCAGAUGGCCUUCCAGUGUGUUCACGUGUGAGAGGGUUUUUGAUUUGGAAAUGCUGGGAUUAUGGAAUCUACGCUCAGACCGUCUCCUCAUUGCAGAUCUCUGAUGUGAUCCUGGCAGACAAUGGAAUGGGUAUACUUUCUAUAGUCUACACUCCUCCUUCAGUUUCUCACGAAAUUUCCAAUAAGACUGUUCAGAUCACGAAAUCUCUGCUUGUUGGAAGCAGUCCCAACUUUGAUUGCACUGAUAUUCUCACAAACAGUGACCCCAACCUCCUAUUUUCUGACCAACAUCGCAGUCACAGACCUCUGACAGGUGGCAGAAGUGGCAUCUGCUGGCCAAACUUUGUUUCUGGUCAUAACGCGGCACCACAGCAUCCUAUGGCAGGAGUAAUGAGCUACAAUGCAAUCAGUGGACUAAUGACCGUGGAAGAUACAAUAUUUGUCAGCUACAAAAAUGUGUGCUCUGGAGAGGCCAAUGUGAUGUUGAUGACCAACCCUGAGAGUGAAGACUUGCAGCACCCCAUAGAGGUCUCCAGACUGGUGCUAGUGGACAGUACGGAGGACCAGAAAGUCUUCAUCCACCGACCAGAUGUGAGCAAAGCUAACCCAUCAGACUGUGUGGACAUGACCUGUGAUGCAAAGAGGAAGACCCUCUUGAAAGAUCUCGAUGGGUCCUUCUUGGGAAAAAUAGGUGCUGUAGUACCACAGUCAGAAUGGCAGUGGAAUGGAGACAAGAGAUAUGGACUUGGAGAUUACAGAAUUCCGACAGUGAUGCUUACCAGUCUCAAUGGAAGCCGGAUACCGGUAUCACAGGUGGCUCCCUAUGAAGGAAUCAUCAGAGAUAGUACCUGUGUGUACAGAUCAUCCUGGGAGGCCUAUAAAUGUUCUGGACUGAAUUAUGAGAUGCUUGUCAUUGAGAGUCUGGACGCAGAUACAGAGACAAGGCGACUUUCCCCAGUAGCCGUGUUGGGAGAUGGCUAUUUAGAUCUCAUAAAUGGGCCCCAAGACCAUGGCUGGUGCAAUGGAUAUACCUGUCAAAAAAGGGUUUCAUUAUUUCACUCCAUAGUGGCAACAAACAAGUCAUUUGAUAUCUAUUUCACAAGCACCAGUCCCCAGAGCAUGCGCCUUAAGCUACUUAACACAGACGACUCCAAAUCUGUUCUUGUUGGAAUCUACUUCUCAAAUCCCCAGCGUCUGGAUGUUUAUGUGAACAAUGUCUAUAUAAACCCAACUAAUAUAGAAUGGAAGGGAUCUUCUGAUUUCACUCUCAAAGCUCCAACCUACCAAGGUCAAUAUAUGCCACAGCUGAGCUCUUCUGUGUUUGGAGAAAACUUCUUUGACAGAGACUACAACAUGCUGUAUGUCCUGGUCCGAGGAUCUUCCCCAGUGGAAAUACGCACAUCUCCCCUCAUUGUUCUUGCCUUUAAUCUGCCUGCAAUGACAGUGGACCAAUUUUACGGGGAGAACCUUGUGAGGAACCUGGCACUCUUCCUGAAGAUUCCUGCCAGCAAAAUUCGAAUCACAAAGAUCAUUACAGAGGGAUCCAGGCGAAGGAAGAGAGCAGCAGGGGGGCUCAGUGUCUCUGUGGAAAUUUCAGAUCCGCCUGCAGAACAGAAAAACACAACUUCUAACAACUCCACAGGUGAUCUGUCAUACUCAGACUUCCAGUCAAUAAGUCAGAACCUCGCAUCAGCUGCAAUCAAUGGAAGUCUCAGCAGUUACCUGAAUGUCACUGUUUCUUCAUUGUCAGUGUCCACUCCUGUGCCACCUCCGACUGACGCAGCCUGGAGCCAGGUGGCAGAGCAACCUGUUAUCAGCAGGAACCAGUCAUCAUCCACUGGAAACUAUCUGGCUACAGUAUCCUCGCUGAAAGUAAUCCGUGAACCUGUGGCUGGAUUGCCGGGACAAGUGCUGUCACAACAACCAUCUAUAAUGGCCGUAGACUCUAAUGGAAAUUGUGUUUCUGUGAGUAGCAGUUCAUUGUCACUAACAGCAAGACUGAAAUAUGCAAAUAACACCUACGUCAGCAAUGGACUGACGGGGAACGCUACCAUAUUGUUUGACAGCUGCUGGGCCAACUACACCGACCUUGUUCUCAACCUACCAGGUACGGGAUACUCGUUGGAAUUCGAACUGAACAAUGUCUUCGCUCAGACCAGGUCAUUUGAUGCCAAAACCUUAAAUUCAACAACAACUGCUUCGCAAACAACGGCUCCACAAACAAAUGCUUCACAAACAAAUGCUUCGCAAACAAAUGCUUCACAAACAACUGCUCCAUCAGACCCAGGAAAUAAUGAUGAUGGAGACUCAGCCAUGUCCCUCUACAGCCCCUUCCAUAAUCUGCUGGUACUGGUGGUCACACUGAUUACCAUCAAUCUUUUUAUGGGCGAUCAUUAAGUCAUAUUGAAUCACUGAUCAGUUUGAUCGUCAAGGACAAUAGAAAGUGGCUGAAUAAUUAGAGAAGAUACUUUUCCAUGUGUUAAAAAAUCAACAUUUUCAAUAUUUACUAAGUGCUGUGAAGACAUUUAACAUAGCAUAAUGCAUAGAACAUGCCUUUGUAAGAACAUUAUUCCAAAUUGCUUUAUAAAUCAUACAGUAUAUGUACAGCAUGCUGCAUCAUGAAAGUAAGUGUAAAAAUAAACAAGGUUACAACUUC